AUGGGUAUCACAAGGAAUUUACCGUGGUUUCUUAUUGGUGAUUUUAAUGAAUUGAAAGGAAACCAUGAGAAGCGUGGUGGGCGGCUGCGUAGUGCAUCGUCCUUUAUUCCUUUCAACUCCAUGAUCCGACAUUAUGGGUUACUUGAAUUCCCAAGCCUUGGGGAUAGCCUCUCUUGGCGAGGUUGGCGGGAUAAGAAACCGAUACGGUGUCGUCUGGAUAGGGCUCUUGCCAUUGAGGCGUGGCAUGAUCUUUUCUGCCACUCGUUUCUGGAGUAUUUGGAAAUGAUUGCAUCUGAUCACAAGCCGGUGUUAGCUAACCUGGAGGAUAAAAUCCAUCGGUGUCAGAGUGGCUUCCGCUUUGACAGACGUUGGUUAGAUAAAAAAGGUCUUUUUGGGGCUAUUUCAGCGGGCUGGGACUUUGAGGCAAACUCUCAGCCAGGUAAUUUUGUGGAUACGUUUAUUACGUGUAGGCAUGCCAUUUCUCUUUGGAGAAAGGCACAAAUGCCAUAUGGACGCGAAACCAUUGAGGAUUUAAAGUCAAAACUGGUGGCCGCACAGGCGGAUGACACUAGUUUGGUUGAGGAAAUUGCAGCAUUAACCUGGCAAUUUUGGGAAGCGUAUCAGGAUAAGGAAGUGUGUUGGUUUCAGAAAGUUGUAGUCGAUGGAUGA